UAGGAAAUGAGACAGGGUAGGAAUAACACUUAAUAAGCCUGAGGCUCUCAUCCUCCUCCUAUCCCCUGGCCACCUUCCAGCCUCCUCUGUGCAGUCUCCUCUCCUUCCAGACAGUCCUUACUUCUUUUCCCCCUAGGCUGCAGCCAGCUUGAGCCCUCUGCCUGACAGAGCCAGGAAGGAGCCCAGGUGGGGUAAGAACCUCAGCCCCAGGAUGUUGACAACAUUGCUGCCACUGCUGUGUCUACUGCUCCUGCCCGGCUGGGCCUUUUGUAGCCAUGAAGCCUCAGAUGGCCUUCGGAACCUCCACAUGCUCCAGAUCUCCUACUUUCGCGACCCCUAUCAAGUGUGGCACCGGGGCAACGCGUCGCUGGGGGGGCUAACGACGCACGUGCUGGAAGGCCUAGGCAGCAACGUCACGAUCCGCCAGUUGCAGCCCUUGCAGGAGCCCGAGAGCUGGAUGCACACAGAAGACAGCCUGAAGACCUAUCUGCACCAGUUCAACAGCUUGGUCCUGCUGGUACACCAUGAGCGGCGCUUGACCUUUCCUCUGAUCAUUCGCUGCUUCCUGGGCUGUGAGCUGCCUCCUGAGGGCUCUACAGCACGUGUCUUCUUCGAAGUGUCUGUGAAUGGGAGCUCCUUUGUGCAUUUCCAGCCAGAGACAGCUUUAUGGGUGGCAGGGCCCCAGGCACCCUCCAGGGUGGUCACCUACACCCUGCAGCAGCUCAACGCCUACAAUCGUACUCGGUACGAACUGCGAGAAUUCCUGCAGGACACCUGUGUGCAGUAUGUGCAAGAACACAUCACUGUGAACAACUCGAAAGGGAGCCAAACAGGCCGCUCCUACACCUCGCUGGUCCUGGGUGUCCUGGUGGGCAGUUUCAUCAUUGCUGGUGUGGCUGUAGGCAUCUUCCUGUACACAGGUGGACGGCGGUGUUGAUUGCUCUCCAGACCCCUCUGAAAAAGGGCUGGACUGAUGGGGGCUGAUGAGGGAAGAUCUCAGCUCACUGCAAAACCACACAGAUUCCCCAUCUGGGACAUUAUAUCCCAGAAGGUUUGGAGUGGCAGCUCCUUUCUUCUCCCUGAUCUGCCCACCAAGAGUUUGGGGGAGGGAAAGGGAAGGAGGAAGCUAAGUAGACAGCGUUCUUGGUUUGCUAAGCACCUAAGAACUUGCAUGCUUUCCUAAAUUGGUCUGAGAAGUGAAUGCUUAUCUAUCUUUGCAGAAAACAGAUGAUGCAGUUGGGUGGGGGUAGAGGGUGUCUAUGGCAUGUCCUCCAAAGACAGAAUCACCCAAGGCAUUCAAAACACCUAACAAAUACAAGAAGUCCAUCAACCAGAAUAAACACCACUCGAUGCUCCCAGGCACAUCAGAUUUGGGAAAGGAUGCUAAUAUAGUAGAGGUAGAAAGAAAUAAUCAGAGAAAUGGUGGGAGUAUAAACUAAAAUAUGGGAGCAAAGAGCUAUUAGUUAAUUAAUAAUAUUAUUAAUAAAUUCCUUACUUAUGUAGAUGGCAUUAUUUUUUCCUCUACAAAACUUCUGGAAAAGUAGACUAUAUCUUUUGUCUUUAUUUUAUUUUGAGAGAGAGAGACAGAGUGUGAGCAGGGGAGGGGACAGAGAGAGAGGGAGACACAGAAUCUGAAGCAGGCUCCAGGCUCUGAGCUGUCAGCACAAAUCCCGAUGUGGGGCUUGAACCCACGGACUGUGAGAUCAUGACCCGAACUGAAGUCGGACGCUUAACCGACUGAGCCACCCAGGGAUCCCGUAGACUAUACCUUUUGCUUCUACUCCCUCCUUUCCCACUCCUAAAUCACUGCAGUCUGACUUCCCUAUAAACUGCUCUAAGACCAUCAAUGACCUCUAAUUGUGAAAUCUCCAUUCCACAUGAUAUCUGCAACAUUUUCCUUUGUGGACUAGAAUUCUCUUUUUACCCUAACCCCUGAGAUCCCAUACUUCUAAUUUUUAGAAACUGUUCUGGCCACUCAGUCAAUCCCUUUGCCUUUGUCAUCUUACUCAACUCACCUUGAAAUCAUGGCUUUUUUAGACUUCCAUGUUUUGGUUUUUUGGUCCCAUUUAAACUGUACCCUUUGUGGAUGUAUUCAUAUGUCAUCUGUCUGUGUGGUCUUUUCCAUGGGGAAACAAUAUAAUCUUGUCUUUGGAAGCAGGUGUUUUGCCAUCAAACAGAUUUGAGUUUUACUUCUUUAAGCCAGGCAUUUAACUCCUUGAAGUAUCAGUUUCUUCAUAAAGAAAGGUAUAAUAAAAUGUACAAAAAGGGUAUAAUAAAAAUAACACCUACCUCAUAGAGGCAUUAUGAGUAUUAUAUAAAUAUAUAUAUAUAUAUGUACACCCAAUAAAUAUAGCACUUACUGCUGA